GCUACGAUGGCAACUGCAUUUACGAACACUGGCAGCUCCAAUUUAUCCUCAGACCUUGACCGGACUUUAUUUUAUUGGGUUGGGGAGGGCAUUGUUUCUGCGGUGGGCGAUUUUAUUGGUUGAUUGAAUAAAAGGCGGAUGAAAUUUUAAUGGGCAAUAUGCAUUCAAGUUUAUUUUUUUGUAUUUUAAAAGGAUGCUCUUUCAUUAAGAUUAUGCGCAUAGUUUGUUAUACAAAUUACACUCUUAAUAAACUGUAAGUAGCUGGGAUAAUUUGUAUUCGCUGUCUUUGUUUGUAGCUGUAUCCUUGUAUACUUUUUAACGUCUACAGCAAUCAGUAUGAAAGAAUUUCGAGUGGCAAUGUGUUAAACAAUACUGGCAGGUUACAGGAGGUGGAGAAAGUGUAACGGAAUGAAAUUCGCAACAAGAGCAAGGAAACAAAAAAAGGUAACACUCACACACACACACACACACACACAUACUUGGCUACGGGAAAAAGUGAAAUUAGUCAUUUGUAGCGAGCAGUUUUUAAGGGAAACACAUGUGGGGAUGUGGGCAAGGGGUGGCAAGGUGUAAAAAACAAAAAAGGAGAAAUAAGAAAGGAGGGCGCAAGUGGGCAGGGGCGUGGUCGGACACGGCUGUUGCACAUUCUCAUCGCAUGCAAUUUGCGCUGGAACUUUGCCCUCCUUUCGAGCAUUGUGUUUGCCAUUGAACACGCACACUGAAUGGCACUGCGAGUGUGUGGGUUGCUAUGCCUGUGUGGGUGUGUGUGUGUAAAUCCAUUGUUCACAGACACACUCCCACACACAGACACCUCGAAUUGCUGUAAAUGGGCUCACGGGCAGCAUUGUUGCUGUAAUUGUUGCAAUUGAGCGUAGUUCAGAACAAAAGCCGCCCACACUACUCAUUUCACCCACACACACACAUAUAUAUAUUUAUAUAUGUAUUUAUGUAUAUAUACACAUGGAUAUCGAGCUCACAAUGUGUCACGCAGGCCUUCACUAAUGUUUUUUCUUUGGUUUUUUUUGCGAGCUUUUUGUCCUAGCAAUUUGAGGCCAUUGAAAUGGGUCCAUUUGUAUGUGUGUGUGCCUGAUAAAUUAUGGAAUUGUUAUCCAUAAGUGUUGGAAAAUAGAUUUUCAUUCAAGUAGUAGAACGGUAUUUGUUUAGUUCUUAAGCACCAGAAACGAAAUUCGAAAUUGUAUCAAAUAGUGUAAAUAGUGUUGUAAAAGUGAUUGUUAUUUAAGAGGAUUUGCAACACUUUUGAUCCAAUAACCAUUUUAAACCAUUUCUCGAACGCCUAACAACUAUCUUUCAUCUUUGACAUAUCGUUGGCAUUCACCAUGUUCCAUUUCGUCGGGGUGUCUUAACCUUGUGCCAGCAAGAAAAAUGUCAAUUUCCUCGAGAAAAUGCUUCUCUAGAUUUUUACAUUCAACUGCAACUUGGAAUUGUCGAUGUGGGGGGAAUUGGCAGAGGAUAACAUACAAGCAAAACAUAAUUUACACGCCAAUAUCAUGUCGUUUCACACUCGUGUGCCUGUGUGUGCGUGUGCUGUAUGCUGUGUGUGUUUGCCAUCUAGCUCGCCUGCACAUAUACGAGUACAAAUACAAAUACCAACAUCAGGCACUCAAACACAUACUCCUGCCGCUCACACACACACACAUAAAAAUGAGGUCAAUAACAGGUAGAUUAUCAAAUAACUAUUACACAUUGCGUGUUGUACGAGACAUGAAGCCGACAACGACGAAGGCGACAGCUUUACGGUUAAGGAUGUGGAUGCGGUUUUAGGCACUGAGAAUAAAUGUUGGUAAAUAGAAAAUGAAUAUUUUUGACUUCAAAGAAAGGUAUGCUGAAAAGUAUGUUUUAAAUAUGUUCCACACUGGGCUGAAUUAAUAAUAAUGCCAAGGACACAUUGCAUGCCUUAGGAAUAAGAAAAAAUGUCAAAUAAAAGAGAUUUCUUUUAGAAAUUGUAAGAACCACCAUUUAUUCCCACACUGUAGCUGUGGUUUCUCGUAGAUCGUGAUGGUGCACUGAAAACAUAUUGCCUUCGUGCCGCACAUCCGUCCAAAGCUUGUGGCACACGCUAGAGUCUUCAUAAGUUGGCUUCGUUCGCUCAUCUCUUGUUUCAUCACCACAUCCCUCGCUCCUUCGUUUCCUCGUUCCCCAACUCCACCCCCUUUUGGCACCUUCACUGCUCCUCGAGGAGCGCCGCCCACUUUUGCUUUCCUUGGCAUUUGGACAAGUGGCCCCGGCUCAUGUGGUUGGCAAUCAACGCCUAUACGGCUUGUCUUGCAUCACCCACCACAAAAACCCUAAAAUCCCCAUACCCAUCCCCAUUCCAAUUCCAAUCCCCAUCAGCCAUGCGUGAAGGUCAAUUUAUCGCCUAAUGACGUUGAACAAUGACAAGGGAUUCCAGAUUCUGGAAACUGUGGAAACGUGGCGAACAUUUAGUUUGAUUUAUCUAGUUGGAAAAACGAACAUUAGGGCCAGACAAUCAAUAAAUUUCACCGUGGAUUUGAAAUUGCUGGCAUAAAUAUUCAUGUAUGUAAAUUGAACUUAUUUAUCUGUUGAAAUAUGCAUUCAUAUUCUUGGUUCAACUCCAUUACCAUUGGAAAUACGCUAAAUGUAUAAUACAGCUUUCUUGUUAAAUACAAUAGAUUAGUCCGCAAGCUCGGAAGUGUUUCCCCUUUUUUCUUUGGCGACGCACAUGUUUGUUUACAAACAUGGGUUUAGUGUGCACAAUAACAGAGGCACCUGCCACGAUAACCAACUAACAUCGUCAGAACCAACUGUCGGGAAAACGGCUAUUAAAAGCACGCGGAUUUGGCUAAAAACCAACUUGUGCCGCUGGUCACACUUUUUCCCAUUAAACACGUGCGCGAUUUGGUAGAUUUGGUAGUGAAAACACACAGACAGGAUGCAGAACUUACUUCCACUGAACAAGCGGCGUCUUCAACAGCGAGCCCAGGUGGAAACGCCGGAUUCGGUGUACUGGGGCCGACUGGCGAAACCAGAACUACUCAAGGAGCACAACACCAUCGAUUAUUUGGACUUCAGUCCCAGCGAUCCUGACAACUUUGCUGUGACCUGUUCGGAGCGCGUUCAGAUCUACAAUCUGGUGACAAAGCUUUUGAUAAGGAACCUGUCCCGAUUCCAAAAGACCGCAUACGGAGCCACCUUCCGGCAGGAUGGUCUAUUCCUGGCCGCCGGCGACGAGGAAGGCUACGUCAAGCUAUUCGACAGCACUCGCAACAUCAUGCGUUUGUUCAAGGGACACACGGCACCAGUACACCGCACCUUCUUUACGGCGGACAAGCUGCAGCUAGCCAGUUUUGGAGACGACAAGUCGGUACGUCUGCGGGACUUGGCGAACGGCAAGGUGGUGCAAACGUACGAGGACACGCACACCGACUACGUUCGUGCUGGCGCCAUGCAUCAGCAGGCGGGGCAUAUCUUCGUCUCCGGCGGCUACGAUGGCAAGAUCAAUCUGUACGAUACGAGAGCGAAAACGGCGGUGCAGCGCACCGUGGAUCACGGAGCGCCUGUGGAGUCCAUGUUGUUCCUUCCGAACGGUUCCAUUUUCGUCAGCGCCGGCGGCAGCCAGGUGCGCUUAUGGGAUCUCAUCAACGGCUGCCGUCUGUUCACCAUGAUGUCGCAGCAUCACAAAACAGUUACUUGUCUGCGACUGGGAUCCGAUGGCAGGAGAUUGCUCUCUGGCGGGCUCGAUGGGCAGGUGAAAAUCUACGAUAUGAGCACCUACAGAACAGUGCACACGUUGACCUAUCCCAAUGCGGUGGUCAGCCUGGCUGUCGCUGACGGCGAUAAGGCAGUUGUGGCUGGGAUGGUCGAUGGCCAAGUCUCCAUUCGUCGCAUGAUGGCAGACAGCAAGCCCAGUGAUUUGGAAAAGAUUCGUGAGGAUCUCGCUCGAAAUAACUUCACGAGUAGGAAACGCACGAACAACACCCAAGAGGGUGAUCCCAUAAUCAAGGACCGCGUGCAGGAGCCCGAAUUGAUAUCCUACGAUGUGCACUUCCGCCCGUUUAACUGCAAGGAGGCUUUGGACGAGGUGAUGCAUGAGCAGAAGAUGGAAAACCACCCGGAGCUCGUUGUGGCUGUCAUCACGGACCUACUGCACCGUGGAUCACUGGGAAAAGCCCUCAUGGGUCGUCGUGAGGCAGAGCUUGUCCGAUUCAUCGACUUCAUUUGCAAGCACUUGGGCGAGAUGCGAUUUCUGCGCCGUCUGAUGAUGGCCGCCAGCAGGGUCUUGGAUGUCUUAGAGCAGCACUUCGUGGGCUACAGCGAGAAGCUGAUAGAAGCCUUGCAACGAUUGUCACUUGCAAUGCUGGAGGAGGUGAGGCUUACCGCCGACCUGAUGCGUUUGAAGGGUGUUCUGCAUAUAAUGCAUGCAGUCUAUAUCAGAUAGAGGUCAGCUAAUCGUAUCUAAUAUUUACACUCACUUGCACCUAAUGAAUAUUAACAAUUUCUGAACAAAUGCAUGUUUCAUUGGCCUUUGGGAAGCGUUUGUUUAUUGUCUUGGGGAUCAGUUCGAAUGCACAUGCAAAGGCAACUCCUGCAUUUGAGGCAAAAUCCCAUUUCGUGCCCUAAUCCCAAACAUGCGGCGCCGCCAUAACCAAGUUAGCAGCAUCCUGGUUCCGGUUAUAGAAAUGCGGUUAAGCGUUCAGCAUCCUAGCUUCGUCUUCUACAUUGGCCAAAGGAAUUUGGCUUUUCAGUCUCCUGAGCUUGUGUGUGUGCUGCGCCACCACACCCCUUUUUCGCCGCAAAAUGUUGAAGACCACCUGACGAUGUUGGAUGAUGAUGAAGUCACAGAGGGCCAGCAGGAUAUAUAGAAUCCAGGAUUUAGGAUCCAGCAGUUUCGAGCUGCCAAAAACAAAUACGGCAAACUGACUGAACAAACAGAAAAACAAGUAGGGGGGGAGAAAAUGCCAAAAAAAAAAAAUGAAUGGAGAAGAAAAAGGGGCAAAAUUUGGAGGAAAAGCGGAAGGAAAAAUUGAAAAGAGAAGGAACUUAUUGCUCGGCAAAGCGUGAAAUGUUUACGAGCGAGUGGCGAUGGCGACUCAAGGGCUGGAGGAGGAUUUUCUGCUGGGGGUGUGGUGUGCAAAAACCAAAUGGGAGGAGCCUCGUAAAGAGAUUUGUGUGUGCCUAGUGCAUAUCGCUCCCUCUUCGUAUUUUCCUCAACUUCUCGCACAAUUGUAAAGAAAAUGUUAUUAAGGAUUUUCUAUUAUAUAACAAAAAGGCGCACUAAAAACACACCCCUCACACAUACAGAACGAAGGUGUGCAUGUGCGAGGCGCAUUAAGCACUUGACAUAUACACGCUUUGAAAAUGCAUCCAUCCGCCAUCUUUUUCUGCCCGCAUCUUCGUUACGAAGGCUUAUACAAAUACCCUAUACAAAUACUUUCCGGUGAAAAUAAGUUUUGUGUUAUGUUAGCGGUAAAGUACUUUGUGAUUGCGUAUUUUUAAGGUCACGUAAAUAGCUAAUACGUCACGUAGGCCAGAUUACACUUUCAGCCAUUAUUAACAUUGCCCACACUGCGUAUACGUGACAGCUUGGUUUUAAUUGAUCAUUUUCAUAUCUUAAAAUAUUACAGAGCAGAUGGCCACUUAUUUCUGUUAAUAUGAAAUACUGUUAAUUUGGAACGAUACUUAAAAUCCAAUAAAAAUCGAUAAAUAUUUUCGAUAAGUAGGAGUAAUUCGUUAAAAUCGAUUGUUUAAGUAAAGUUAGGGUACAAGCAAAUCGCUUUUCGACUGCAUUGGGCUUCUCAUUUCGGGCGCAGGCAUUAGACGGCUUUUCAUCUACUUAGUUUUCAAAGUCCCACUUUCCUUUGCUUUCCCCAUGUCCCUUUCUCCUGGCAAGUGUGUGUGCUUGUGUGUGUGCGAGUGCGUCAGUCAGUCAGAAUGUUGACAAGUCGAUGACGUUUCCAACGAGUGUACUAUAUUUGUAUUGGUGCUUGUCCGCUUUUCCUCAGUCUCUGUCUCUGUGUGGGCGGGUGCUCAAGGUUCAGCGACGAACAUUAGUCAAGUCAACUCAAAAUGAGCGACCGAAAGUGGCGCAGUCAAGCAAAAGGGCUCUCGUCGUUGCAGCAAUGACUAAAUGAAUGAAUGAGCGGCUGACUGAGCGAGUGAAUGCGAGUCCGAAUGAAUGACGAAAUGCGCGACUGGCUGACUGGCUGGCUGACUGAUGCUGGUAUCCUUGAAGGAAUCUACCAAAAGGACCAAAAGCACAAGCAGCUGGAAUGCAUAUUUCUUCGUCCUGAAUUCAAGCUUCCACUUCCUUUCCCGACUUAUUUUCAUUUUACCUCGCGAUUCCUAUUUCGCUUGCAUCCAUCCGCCUUUUGUCACACUCUUGUGAAAAGUGGGCACACUGGAAAUAUUUUGUGAGAAGUAAGAAACAUCCUUACGCUGUGAUUUAAUCAUGUUAUUGGUUUAAUAUUUCGUUACGUCACUACCUGAAUGUAAAGUUUCACCACUUCGGAUGAAUGACGACGACUGACGUGGGUUGUCGCGUGGCUCAGGUUAUAAACAUAUUUUCCCUUCCCUUUUGUAUUAUUAUUAUUAUUAUUAUUAUAUUGUCUGCUAUGGUUUUCACGUUUCCUACACUCCCUAAUAUUAUUUUUAUUAUAUACAGCUAUGCUGUACUUUGAGUUUAACAAUGUCAGCCAUUUUGUUCCUUUGUGACGACGUCCUCGUGCAGGCAGAGAGCCAGGCGAAAUGCAGUGAACACAAAUACCGUGACUGACACGCUUGGGUGGAAAAUGGAAAGUGGGUGGUGCCGCCAAGCCAGGAUUCCAUGGGGAGGUUAGAAAAGUCGGUGGCAGGCGUCGGGCGCAAUCUGCUGCAAUCUUCUCGAGCAAUUCGUCGCUCGCUCCGCGAGUCGAUUCAUCUUGCCGGGGUAAAAGUACAUGCCUUCGUUACGCAUUCUUUAAUUGAAUAUUUAUCUUGGCUGCUGAAGGAGCCCAAGUGCACAGCGAGAAAUAUCAGUGCAAAGCUUCAUACCAUCAUAUUAGUUAAUCUUGUUAGUUAAUUAGUUAUUCCAACGUACGAAAUGCAUGCUAAUGUUAAAUCGUACAUUGAUUUAAAUGACUAAACGUUUCGCAUUUUUUCUUUUUUUUUGGUGCAGUACACAAGCCGUGCAAAACGAAACCUUUUCACCAUCAAUUUUUCGGUGGAUAGGCAACCUGAUUCGACGUUGUCGCGUCCUUGUAAUUGCAACUAGAGCGAGUGCGCCUUGUCAGCCUUGUUUUUCGCCAUCGCUUAUGGUUAUGCAUUGUGAGCUAGAUGCUUGGAUGCUGGGACAGUGAGGAGCCAGCCCCCUUUUUACCCAAAACACCCAGUGAGCUCGCCACUGAUCCACCCAUUUGUAAACCAUAUCCGCAUCCUAGCUGCAUAUGCAAUGCAUCUAAAUUGCUUUCGAGUUCUGUUUGUUGUUUUUGCGGCCAGAAUCGCAUCUGCUUUGGCUUUGAGAUUUACGGCUUUGUUGGUCCGCCUUCCCUUUGCCGAUGCAUCUUCUUUGGUCGCCCAGCCAACAGUCUUUCAGCUUCUUCCAUUCAAUUUCUUUUCAAAAUAAGUUGAGAUGAUACUGCUCGAGAUUCUCAAUUCGCCGGACUCCAUUCUCCCAUUGGGUGCUGUGUGCACUCUUGCUUUGACAUUUUAAAUGUUAUUUAAUGGUGGCCGGAACUUGUUUGCUGCACUGCACCCAGGAAGCGGAACCUUGAAAUCCCGACCAUAAAUUCAUUAUUAUUAUUAUUUUCGCUUCCAUUCGAAGAAGGUGAAGCCGAGUCGAAGCGCUUUGCACUUGAUUUAUAUGGGCACUUUGUGCGCCAUUUAUGACCAGGCCAGAGAUCUUGACUUUGGCGACGAGUUUCCCAGUUUGUUGGUCAUUUGCUUGGUUACUUGCUCCUACUUUUCGACGGAUGCAAUGUGCAGAUAUGGCUUACAUGCGGAAAACGCUGGCCAUUUGUUGUGAUUAUAUUUAUGAUUUUCUUGCGGUUUAUUAACUCGCUUUUUUCUUGUUAUUUACUUUAACAAUCAGAGUGUCGAGUUAUGCAUAAGCACACACAAUUGUUUAAGAGUUGGUUGUACUCUCCCUUCCUUUUGAUCCUCUAAAGGAGGAAUCCGUCUGUUAACCCAUAUUUUUCGCAUUUUCCUGCAGCAUUUUGGCGUUAAUGCCCUUUUGCUAUCGCCAGGUAAACACUCGCUUUUCAACCCCCACGUUUAUGCUCUCCCAGUUGCGUCUUCUUAGUCGCUUUCCCUAUUUAUCACAACUUUAAUCUGUGACACGAUUGUUGUGGUAACAACCCAACCCUCGGACCAUCU